AUGACAAUUAUUAGUCGAAGACUAUUACGUUUAUUUACGCACGUUUAUCGUGCAGAAUCGAAUAUUUUGGCACCGAAAGAUAUUACACCACAGAAUGCUGUAUACGAUCAAGUAACUCAUACAGGACAGGCUUGGGAUCAAGCCGAUUAUCGACGUGCAAGAUUCACAAUAAUGCCAAAGCAAAUUAAUCCAAAUAUUGCACAAAAACUGAUUGCAGAAGUUCCGCCAAUAGAAACAGACGAACGUACCGUAUUUUGUGACGGCGGACAUCCAGCAUUGGGUCAUCCGCGUAUAUACAUUAAACUGGACAAGCCCGGCAACCAUGCUUGUGGUUAUUGCGGACAACGCUUUGUUAAUACUCACUUCACGCAUGGCGACAGUCGUAACGUUAAUCACUUAGUGACAUGA